ACCAAACUAGACAAGAGUGCCGGGAUCCGAACGCCACGCUCCCAACAUGAAACAAGGCAUGCAGACAAGAGACAAUGGCCCCAAUCUGAGUGUUUUUUAUAUAAAAUAAUGUCAGCAAUGUGUUCCCUCGCCGUAAAAGAGAGAAUGAUAUGUUAUAAAUUUGAUAUUAAGAGAAAAAACAAGCAAUUAGGAAUCAACUCGACGGAGCUCUAACACAAACAGCGUGGCAGCAACAAACGGGAAAUGACGUAUUUGUGACUAUAAUUGUGAAAAUAAUUUUUCUGGGCACGUCAUUCUUGUCAUUCAUGUUUCCAGAGUGUUUACAUUUUUCCGGAGUAUUAAGUAAGUGCAUUAAAUAUUUGAAUACAAAAAUAACAGACAUGACUUUAAGAUUCACAUUUUUGCUGUAGUAGUACACUAAACUGUGUUAGAGUCUCUGGGAUGUUCCAUGAACAUUGUUCUCACAUAUUCUCUCUAUAUUACAAGAACAUUCAUUAAGUACAAAUUACAUCAUAAGGACGUUUUAUGAACGUAUUUUAAUAAUAUUAUGAAAACAUUCAACAAAUAAUAACAUUAAAAGGAUGUUCUUAGAAUGUUAUCUUAAGAACGUUUUCUCUCAACAUUAUGAGAACAUCAGUCAAGUACAAAUAACACAUUAGAAGCUUCCAAUAAUGAUGUUCUAAGAAUGUUUCCUCUCAAGAUUAUGAUAAUUUGUUUUAACUAUGAAAACAUUAUAAGACUGUUCCAGAAACAUUAUUUCAGGAAUAUUUUUUCUAACAUUUACAUAACUUUUACAUAAUGUUAGUGAAAGUUAUGGGAACGUUCCCUGUUAGCUGGGUUCAGAGAAAGUGGAACUGAAGUGUAGUUGAGCUGUUGUGUGUUUGUGUCUCUGUGUUCAUGCAGAAAAAAUGUCAGAAGCCAGAUUUUCUCAGGAUGAGUUCAUGUGUUCAGUGUGUCUGGAUUUCUUGAAGGAUCCAGUGGCUACUUCCUUCCAGUAGUGGGUACAAGACUCAUCAACGAUCAUGGCUGUGGAAUGACACAAAGUGUUUAUUCUUUUAGGGACAUGCUCAUUCAGUGUUGAAGCGCUGAGACAACAGGUUUUUCACAGGCCCGCUGUCAGGUGAAACUGGGUUCACAAACACACACACACACACACACAAAAACAGUAGAAAAAUAAACAAAGAUAUAUGCAAAAGUAAGAAAAAGGCAAACAAAAAACUGUACAAAAAGAACAAAAGAAAAGAUACAAAUAUAUACAUUCAGACUUUGUAAAUGAUAGUAAUGAACUGCUCAUGACACCACAGUUGCAUGCUUGCUUGUCAGGUUAACUGAUAAGGUUAACAAUGGUUAUACAUUUACAAUAACAUAAAUAUAUACAUAUAAAUAUAAUCCACUUGAGAAAUAUAAAUAUAUAUAUGUGAAUGAUUCCACCAAAACACCUUAUCUUUGUAAAAUGGCAUAUAUUUUUGCAUUAAGAUACAUUCAUAUUUGAUAUGAUGUAUUGUGAAAAGUGCUAUACAAAUAAAUGUGAAAUGAAUUGAAUAUGAACUGAAAGUACAUAUUUACAUCAGUCAAUCAAGCAUUUUUAGUAAUUAAGGUAUUGUUAUUAAAUAUUGUACUGUAUAUAAGUCCUAUCAAAUCCAAGAUAUAUCCAUCAAAUUGCUUGUAUUUUACAUCAAACAAAAGAAAAAUUUGUUUAUAAAACUGUAGGUGACGCAAAACACGCUCUUGUCUUCACUUCUGGCCUCCUAGUUUGUGUGUCCUGAAACGUGUGUGGGCACUGUGGGGCUGCAGCUGGAUAUAUCUCAUCGAUUCUGGUAAUAAUACUUGUUACAAGACAAGGAAGUAGGUCAGUUCAUUGAGCAGUUAAAGCCCCUGGAAAGUCCUACAACAGAUAAAGCUUUGCCAAGCCCUAACCGUUGGUGGACGGCCCGCCCUGUUCCCUUUUUAUAGAUCUCCAGACUACAGCUGAGUUGUUCCCGCAUGGUAAAAAUCAGCAGCAGGAACUAAAGAAGGCAUUAUUACAUUUUCAUUGUUACAGAACACGGGUUUAUGGAAAUCAUAUAUACGUCUUGAAAAAGCAGCUCAUAGCUCAAUUAAAAGGAUUGUCAGACUCUAUAUCUCCUUGUAAACUGUUUUCUCAAGCCUCACUUGUAACUAAAGAGAAACACAAAACGUCAUCAUACAGGUGUCUCACAACUGCUGAAACCAAGAAUUUAAGGGCAGAGGAACAUACGAGGAAAGAAAACAUUGAAAGCUCUCCAAACAAAAGUUUAAAACAUGGCAACUGAAGACCGUGCUGUUGUUGAGGCAAUAAAAGCAUCAGGCGAGUCCACCCUGAAAAGGGCUAAAGCAAAAGCGAAAGAAACAAUUAACCAGUUUUUUAAUGUCCCACUGGACAUCGCUGUGACUGGAAGGACAGGAUCUGGGAAAUCCACCUUUGUAAAUCGUAUCCUAGGCCUACGUGACGAUGAUGAUGGAGCAGCACCUACUGGUGUCACAGAAACUACAAUGGAGCGCACCAUGUAUGAGCAUCCUACAAUGCCAAAUGUGAAAAUCUGGGACCUGCCUGGAAUAGGAAGUCCGAAUUUCAAAGCAAAUAAAUACCUUAAAGAUGUUAAAUUUAAAACCUAUGAUUUUUUCAUUAUCCUGAACUCAGAGAGGUUCACGGAGAAUGAUAUCAUGCUGGCUAAAGAAAUAAGAAAGCAGAAGAAACAUUUUUACUUUGUUCGUUCCAAGAUUGACAAUGACAUCUAUUCAGAGCAAAUGAAAGCAGGAUUUAAUGAGCAGAGAGUUCUUGACACAAUAAGAAAGUACUGUCUGAUAAAAUUGAAUGAACUGGGAAACUCUGAAGUUUUCUUGAUAUCGUCUGUUGAUUUGGAGAAAUAUGAUUUUGAAAAGCUUCAAAACACACUCAUAGAUGAUCUUCCGUUCCAUAAGCAGUCUGCUCUUCUUCAAGCGUGGCCAGUGUGCUCUGCUGCAGCUCUUGAGAAGAAGAUCAAGUUUUUUAAAAAACUGAUCUGGGCUGCAUCUCUUGCUACUGCUGGUAUAGCAGCGGUCCCUGCGCCUGGCACAUCAGUAGCUGGUGAGGCAGCCAUUGCAAUUUUUUUCCUUUUAAGGUGCUAUUAUGCAUUUGGUUUGGAUGACAGAUCACUGAAAAGGCUUUCAGAAAAAGUGAACAUGCCCUUGCUGGAAUAUCGGGCCAAAUCAAAGUUUGCUAAUGCCAUCCAAAACAAAGCAGUGACCACAAUACAGGCUUGUGCUGCGGCUGUAACGAUUUCUACCAUUGCAGAUUUGUUGAGUCUCAUUCCAGGGGUGGGCAGUGCUGUUUCUGCAGGACUGACCUUUGGUUCUACUCAAUACUUCUUGACAGAAGGAUUAAAUGAACUGGCAAAUACUGCUCGAGAGAUCAGAAAAGUAGCUGGGCUGGACACAGUGUAUUAACACCUAGCUGGCCUAAACACGUGUUGUACUCUUAAGAAUGUAUGGGGUCUUAGAUUACUUAUGUUUACUUAAUUUAUUUCUUAUAGAGGUUGAAUGCAAUUUCUGCCAUUGUGGACUAAAUCAUGGGAUGUUGUUUGUUAGAUUGUAUGCUGAAUAGAGAUUGCCACUGUUUUAUUAGUUUUAAAAGAAUAAUAUGUAAUUUGUAUACAGGAAUAAAUUACCACUUUAAUUAUUUGAUAACACUUUAAUUUUUCCAUUGUUGUUUUUUAUUAAAUAUUUUUAUCAAUAUUUUUGUUAAUGAAGUUCCAACAGAAAAAACAGGGUGUCCAUAUCCGAUGAAAUACGUCUGUAGAAUAAAGUAAUAUUUAUGUCAAGAAUUCCACUGGGAUGAGUUAUUUCUCAAGGUUAUGCCAUUUCUUGAUUAAAGGAGUUUUCUCAUUUAUCCAGAACAUCAAAAUGUCCUUUCUUGCCCUAAAAGUUAACAUACUGAACGACAUACUUAUGAUUACAUAUUCAAAAUACAACCAGCCGGCAGACCUAGAAUAAAUAAACAAGGAUCAACAUCUAUAUUCAUACCCAGAAUAUUGCCAAUGUGGUCAGCAAUUUUCUUCCAAAACAACUG